AUGAUGAGGGGAAGGUAAUCUUUCAUUUUAUCUAUUAAAAAGAAAGAGAACUUAAACUAUUCAUAUUAUCGAUAAUCAGGUAGUUAGUCAAAAACAAAAAGGUAUCAAAAAAAUAUGAUUAUUUAGAAAUCCAAUUCUUUAUAUUCAUAGGUAUACUAUUUAUAAAUCUAUUGAAGUUUGGAAUAUCCAUUAUAAAUCAAACAAAAACACUUAAACAAUAUAAAAUCGAAUUUUCUAUUUUUCUUUGACAAUAUUUAAAUAUGUGUAUAUAGGAUAUAUGUUUGUUAAUCAAUUGAAAAUGAGUAAUUUUAGCAAGAACACUUAUUGUUUCCCUACUCUUAAAAACUAUAUAUUUUAUGAAAUUAUAAUUAAUAAAGUUCAAAUGAACUCUUAAAAAAUCAGUAAUUUUAAUCAAAUAUAUUUAAGAAUAUUCUGUAAUUUUAUUGGAUUUCAGCAUGUUUCUUUAAAAUGGUCACCAUUUUAUACAUCCCUGCCGUGUAAUUGAAUUCAAAGAAGCCAAUUAAACUUGGAUAAAUUUAAUUAUACAUAUUAAUACAUAUAAAUGA